GGAAAACAAAGGAGAGGCGCUAGUUUUGCUGUCGGAGAACGAAGGAAUUGGAGGCGAUGGAGACCUUCUGUUCAGGCAUGGAAAACAUCAGUAUAAAGCUCGCCAAUUUCUCCGGCGGACCACCGUGCCGCGAUCUCCAAACCCGCCUCGAUCUCGCUCUCGCUCUCCGUCUGAUCCCUCGCCGGGCGUCCAGGUCCCCCGUCGGUUUUCCGAGGAUAUCGAGGGUUUCCUUAGGGCCGUGAUCAAUCAUGUUUAGCUGGAUGCGCUGGCUUUUAAAGAAACUUAAUCUGGAGACCGACGCUCAGCGUCUGUCCACGACGAUGGACAAGUUGAACAUGAGACUCAGAAAGCUGAAGAAAGAGGCGCAGGCUUUCGAAAAGAAUGCUUCUGGAGAAGUUGAGAAAGCGAAGGAGUUUAUAAGAGCAGGAAAUAGGGAGGCUGCAAAAUUAUGCUUGAGGAAGAAGAGGCUGUAUGAACAGCAGAUUGAGCAAUUUAGACAUUACGAAUUUCAGAUUGGGGAACAGAUAAUAAAGUUGAAAGGAGCAAAAGCAAAAACUGAAACUGUGGAUGCUCUAAAAAUUGCAGCAGCAGCAAUGCAAGAAAUGGAGAAGGCAAUGGGUAAGAUAAUGAAUGAGGUUGAUCUAAUGGCAAGCUCGAGACAAACUCAAGAUUCAUUGCCAACUACUUCUGGCGCAGCCACUGAAGUUGAUGAGGAUGAGCUUGAGGCGGAGCUCAAUGAACUGGAAGGAGCUGACCCUGUUCCUCAGAGGACAGCCGAGGAGGAUGAACUUGCGGCUUUGCAGGCUGAGAUGCCACUUGGAGCAGGUCAAUCUUCUCUCCUUUUUUCAAAAGCUAGUAUUAAGCAUUUCAUUGUUGUUGGUCUAUAAGUUAGGUAGCUCUUAAAUUGGCCGAAAUUCCAUUUUUUCCUUGGCUGCCAACGAUUUCUUUCUUCUGUAUGGUAAGUGGUAUAGGAGAAGACGACUUUUUCUUUGGCUAUUUUGUUAUAGUCAUUCUGAUCUGAUAUUUCAGUUACAUUCCACAGGUCUUGCUGCUCAUAGUUAAUUGAGGCUGUUUAAAGACCUGGCCAACCCCGUAUCAUGGACAUUAAGGUUUUCAUGUUCUCCAAUACCAAAAGUUGGGGUGUGUUUUUAUCAUUUUAACCCAUCAAGGGAGCUCUGUACCACGACAGUAUCCAGGAUUCCUUUUUAUCGAGUCUUUGCUUUAUCUUCCGUUUGUCCUGUAUAUUUGGCGGGUUGAUUACUAUUGUUGUGUGGGGGUCUUUAAGGCGGUAUUGGAAUGGCUCAUUUUCCAAGGACUAUUCCUCCCUUUGUGCCUGCUGCAAUGAGCUGACCUUUUCUUACUAGAUGAUGUGGAAUUUCAUUUUCUCGGAGAGAACCUCAACAGUAGCUUCUCGAUUGUGCACCAACUUGCAAAGUUGGGCUGUGCUGUUCAUAAUUUUUACUUCGAUCU